AUGAAUUUCACAUCAGGUGAUGAUUCUCUAAAAGAGGAAAUACUUGAUAAAUUAAAAGAUGAUGUAUUGUCACCUAUUUGCAAAGAAUUGAAUACUAUAUGGGCAGAAUUGUGGGAUCAAUCUGAAUGUGAAAAAAGGAAGAAUAUUUUAGCCAGUGAGUGCCAAAAAGAAAUUCAAGAAUUUCUACAAGAAAUUUUAAAUAAUGAAAGGAAAGUUCGAGAUGAUUACAUUACUCGCAUUGAAGACCUUUUAAAUGAAAUGAAUGAUUUGCAGAAAACUCUUGAAAUAAUAAUUCCAUAUGAAGAUGUCGAAUCUCUACCACUGCAUGUUAUGGCAGCUUGUUUGAACAAAAAGGCAGAAAAAUACAGAAUUUUAAGAAAUGAGUUAAUUCAUCAAUUGAAUGAACUUUCCGAGAAAGAAGCAUCAUUGUGCGAAAAAUUAGGAAUGGUAAAAUGUGCAAUCGACUCUUCUGAAAUGUCCACUAAAACUAAAAUAAAAACUUUAGAGAGUCACAUAGCUGUUUUAGAACAGGAAAAAAUUAGCAGAACUGUUACUUUCUUAGAACAAAGACAAAUUAUUAUAAACUUGUAUGAGGAAAUGGGAAUAAAACCAUUGCUUAAUUUUGAAAAAGAAUUACUUAAAGAUGAAGCAAUUGAAAGUUUUCCUUUAACAACUGAGAAUCUUGAUAAACUUAAUGAAUUGAAAGAAAAAUUAGAAGAGCAGUUAAAAAAUUGCAAAGAGAAAAUAAUGGAGAUGAAAGAAAAAUUAAGCCUUUUAUGGAAUUAUUUGGGAGAAAGCGAAGAAUACAAAAACAAUUUCAUUUCAGAGAAUACUGGUUACACUGUUGAUGUGAUUAAUGCUUUUCAAGCAGAAGUUUCAAGAUGCGAAAUUAUAAAAAAAGAAAAUAUAUCAAAAAUUGUAGAAAAAAUUCGGGAAGUUCUUGUGGAAGAAUGGGACAGAUGUUUGAUAUCGAAAGAUGAAAGAGAAAAAUUUCGUCCCUUUAAUAUAAAUUGUUUCACAGAAGAUUUGUGCGAUUUGCACGAACUUGAAAUAAAACGCCUGAAAAAAUUUUACAAUGAUAAUGAACAAAUAUUUAUUUUAAUUCAAAAGCAUGAGAAAUUAUUUAAUAAAUUGCUCGAACUUGAAAAUUGUUCAAAAAAUGCUAAUCGUUAUCACAAUCGAGGAGGUCAACUUCUUCAAGAAGAAAAAGAAAGAAAAUUAAUAACUAAAGAGUUACCAGUUGUUGAAGAAAAACUGAGGAGUUUGCUUAGAAAGUACGAAGAGGAUCAUGGUGAGCCAUUCACUUCAUUUGGUGUACCCGUUGAAGUGAUAUUAGAUGAACAAUGGAAUGUUCAUUUUGAUCAGAAAACAAUAGAAAAAUUAUCCCGAAAAAAAAUUGAUAAAAAAAGGAAAACUCCAUUGGGUAAAAGAGUUUGCACGACUCCUUACACUCCACUAUCAGCAAAUAAAGUAUCCAGGCUUAAUUCAGAAAAAAUAACAUCUGCUAGCAAGGCUACUGCUACUGCUACCAGUACUACUACUCCAUGCACAGCUAAAAGUGUGACAAUUCGUAAAAAGAAAGGAAACGAAAAAGAUGAUGUAAACGCGACUCUGAUAUUGGAACCUACUACGGCCAUUAACGAAAGAACUCCGGGAAUACUUCGGGAGCGUAACACUUCGAAUAAAGUCGGUCCUGUAACUCCAUUGAAAACUACUCCAGCUAAAAUAUCCCCACCCAUGUGGUCUCCAUCGGUUGUGAAAUCUCCAAAAACGGUUCCAAAACAAAAAUCACAAUGCAGCUAA